AUGAGGGUCGUCCCCGUUCAGGGACCUGCCUGGGGCUCCAAGGACAAGUGCCCCACCAAGAUGUACACGACUGGCGGGGAGUGCUGCAAAGCCUGCAACCUGGGAGAGGGGGUGGUGCAGCCCUGCGGGGUCAACCAGACGGUCUGCGAGCCCUGCCUGGACAGCAUCACCUACUCGGACACGGUGAGCGCCACGGAGCCGUGCAAGCCCUGCACACAGUGCGUGGGGUUGCAGAGCAUGUCCGCGCCCUGCGUGGAGUCAGACGAUGCCGUGUGCCGCUGUGCCUACGGCUACUACCAGGACGAGCCGAGCGGGAGCUGCAGGGAGUGCCGGGUGUGCGAGGUGGGCUUCGGCCUCAUGUUCCCCUGCCAGGACUCGCAGGACACGGUCUGCGAGGAGUGUCCCGAGGGCACCUUCUCCAGCGAAGCCAACUUCGUGGACCCCUGCCUGCCCUGCACCACCUGCGAGGAGAACGAGGUGAUGGUGAAGGAGUGCACGGCCAUCUCAGAUGCCGAAUGCAGAGACCUCCACCCUCGCUGGACAACACACACGCCGUCUCUGGUGGUCUCCGACAGCCCCGAGCCCAUCACCAGGGACCCCUUCAACACCGAAGUGAUGCCCAGCACCGUGGCAGACACUGUCACCACCGUCAUGGGCAGCUCGCAGCCCGUUGUGAGCCGCGGCACCGCCGACAACCUCAUCCCCGUCUACUGCUCCAUCCUGGCAGCCGUGGUGGUGGGGCUGGUGGCCUACAUCGCUUUCAAAAGGUGGAACAACUGCAAACAGAACAAGCAAGGGGCCAACAACCGCCCGGUGAACCAGACGCCUUCGCCGGAGGGGGAGAAGCUGCACAGCGACAGCGGCAUCUCGGUGGACAGCCAGAGCCUGCACGACCAGCAGCCACCCAGCCAGAGCACCCAGGGGCCAGCGCCCAAGGGAGACGGGAACCUCUACGCCAACCUGCCGCCCAGCAAGCAGGAGGAGGUGGAGAAGCUGCUGGGCAGCUCCACGGAGGAAACGUGGAGGCAGCUGGCUGGGGAGCUGGGCUACAAAGAGGACCUCAUAGACUCCUUCACCCGGGAGGAAUCGCCCGCCCGGGCUCUCCUGGCUGACUGGUCCUCCAAGGAGACGGCCACCCUCGACGCCCUGCUUGCCGCCCUGCGCAAGAUCCAGCGCGGGGACAUCGCCGAGAGCCCACCUCUCCGAAGGACCCGGCCGGGGCUGGCGGUCCCGACCCCCUGCUUGUAA